AUGCACGCUGCACAGACACCUAGGGAUGCGAACGUGGGCCUAUCUCUCAUAGACUACGCCUAAUUGGGACACCUCCUUACUAUUGGAAUUAACCGUCGAAACACGUAAACGGAAAACAAACUUGUUAAACUUUGGAAAAACGGGAAAUGAUAAAUAAAUGAACAAGGAACAGAUGAGUAUCCAGUAAGUCUCUCACCUCACUGAUCUCUGGUGCUGGAAGCAGUGUUUUUGCGCUCAGGGUGAAACGCUUUAGUGGCCAGUUAACGAAUGAAUGAUGGAGGACCAGCGAGACCAAGACGUGUGGGCGAUGAUGAACGAUUCAUGGACCAACUCGAGUCGCGGUGGAAACGAGACGGGUACCAGGAACCAGACCGGCGUGAACCCCCUGAAGCGGAACGAGGAGGUGGCCAAAGUGGAGGUGACCGUUCUUGUCCUCGUCCUGCUGCUCGCGUUGGCCGGUAACCUUUGCGUCCUCUUGGCUAUACAUACGAGCAAGCACAGCCACUCUCGAAUGUACUACUUCAUGAAACACCUCAGUAUUGCGGACCUGGUGGUGGCAAUCUUCCAGGUCCUCCCGCAGCUCAUAUGGGACAUUACAUUUCGCUUUUACGGGUCUGAUUUACUGUGCAGGCUGGUGAAGUACCUACAGGUUGUCGGGAUGUUCGCGUCCACCUACAUGCUUGUUCUAAUGUCCAUAGACAGAUGCUUGGCGAUAUGUCAGCCCCUCCGCUCUCUGCACAAGAGGAAGGACUGUUUUUAUGUGAUUGCUUCUUGGAUGCUUAGUCUGGUUUUCAGUACCCCUCAAGUGUACAUAUUUUCCUUGAGGGAGGUGGGCAACGGAGUUUAUGACUGUUGGGGAGACUUCGUAGAACCCUGGGGCGCCAAGGCGUACAUUACAUGGAUUAGUCUUACAAUCUACAUCAUUCCAGUGGCUAUUUUAAGUAUUUGCUAUGGCCUGAUAAGUUUUAAAAUAUGGCAAAACUUUAAAAUGAAAACCAGACGGGAUCAGUGUAUGUCUCUGACACCGCGGACGUCCAAAGGUGCAGCGCUCUCUCGGGUGAGCAGCGUGAGGCUCAUAUCAAAAGCGAAGAUCCGAACUGUCAAAAUGACUUUUGUCAUUGUCGUAGCUUAUAUUGUUUGUUGGACUCCUUUUUUCUUCGUACAAAUGUGGUCGGCAUGGGACCCUGCUGCACCCAGAGAAGACAUGGCGUUCAUCAUUGCCAUGCUGCUGGCCAGUCUGAACAGCUGCUGUAACCCGUGGAUCUAUAUGUUCUUCGCUGGCCACCUGUUCCAUGACCUGAUGAGGUGCUUCAUCUGCUGCUCCUCACAGUACCUGAAGGCCUCACAGUGCGGAGGGUGUGACCGCCAGCAGAGCCGCAGGAGCAUCUCCACCUCCACCUCCACUUUCGUCAUCAAGAACCAUAGUAGUCAGAGGAGCAUCACUCAGACCACCAGCACAUGAGGAGUGAGGACCAUGGAGGAGAUGAGUUGGGGUGGGACAGGAACUCACUACUACUGAAAGCCCUUCUUCAUAUCAGUCAAAGAGUGGGUUGCAUGGUGAAGACUUAGAUCUUCACCAUGCAAUGCUUAUCGAUGGGGUGGGCCAGAUACCAGCAAGAGGUGCAGCACACAGAUCUCCAGCACAUAAGACCAUGAAGAGAGGUUAAGUUGCGUACUCUAAACCUGAAAGACCUUCAUCCGAGGCUUGGUGUGGGCCAAGUACCCCUGUAAGACCAGGGCCUCAUUUCCCAGAACCUUUGUAGCGUUAAGAUCAUCGUUAGAAUGAUCUUACGAUGUAUCUUUAGUAGCCAAGCUGUUUCCCAAAACCAUCAUUACUAAAAUUGCACUUGAAAACCCUCAUUAGUUUCCGAAUGCCUCAGACCACUCGUAGAACAGCUAAGUGCAUCGUUAGUGUGCAUUGCCCUUUUAUUCACAGAAUAUCUUAGCCUAAACAUCUUGAUUCUAUGUUCAGCCCUCUGUCUGACUGUGACCGCCGAUAACUUCUGAACGAAGUUCAAUACAGAUAUAAAGUGGCCCAAGUAUUUGCCAUUGUUAUAAGUGGAGGAUAAAACAAUGCUUCAAAUUAAAACUGAGAUGACUUCAUUGAAAGAUAAAUAGGCUACAUGGGCCUAUUCAGUGCCUUCAGAAAAUGAUCACACCCCUUGACUUUUUCCACAUUUUGUUGUGCUACAGCCAGAUUUGAAAUAUCCCAUAAUAUCAAAGUGGAA